AUGGAGGAAUCCAACUCAAAUCAUUCCAAUCCAAACGAAACAACACGAAACAUUUCUUCCAAUAAUUUAUUCGAUUCCUACAGCGCUGCCUUCUCCUUCAAUGCUCAGCAACAACAUCCAUCUAAUCUCUUACAACCAACACCAUCUCAUGUUGGCUCUGAAAGUUUGCACAGUGCCAACACUCAUACAACCACAACCGAAACUAAUUCAAUCACUUAUCAGGCAAAGAUAUUACUCACCAAUAGUAUUAUCACUUUACAAGAUUGUGAGGCAAAGAAGGGAUGGAAAAAUUAUUCAAUCUUUUUAUUUGUGAAUGUUUAUUGGAUGUGGUGUUUAAUUUUCAUGACAACUCUUUCAGAUUUUAAAUGGGGACAUGUUGGAAGUUAUAUUUUAAUUGAUGCUUUCAAUUUUCCAACGACUUUGAUUGCAAGAAUGAUUCCUUAUUUGGGUGUUGUUGGAAUUGGUUCUGUUUUCAUUGCAAUUAUAUUGAUUAUGGCUGUUUUUUAUGUAAUUUCAAUUCGAUUAGCCAACAAACAGAACAAGUAUUAUAAGAAAUUGAAAUGGUUUACUUUUUAUUGUGCUUUGAUUGUAAAACCAUUCUCCUUGUUGUUUGUUUAUGUGUUGCUUGGUUUUCUCAAUUGUAGUUCAACAAUGAUGAUGAAUGAUGCUGAUGAAUCUUCUGAUAUGAUUGCUUCAUUGAUGAGAUAUCCGAAUCAAGCAUGUAUUAAUGACACCACCAAUUUGAUCAUGUUAAUUCUUUCAAUUAUUUCAAUUUUAGUUUUGGUCACUUUUGUCUUUCCAUUAUCAGAAUUUAUAACAUGCAAUUCAAAUCCAGAAUCUCAAAUUCCAAUGUUGAUUGAAAAUCCAUUCAUUUUUAGUUUGAUUGGUUGUCUGAGUAUUUUACAAUUGGUAUUGUCUCAAUUAUUACCAACCAAUUAUAUUUUCAUAUCAGCAAUUUUUCAUUUACUAGUUUCACUAAUUUGUUGUGUUUUGGUAUUCUAUAGCAUGCCAUGUUUGAGAAGAUUUGAAAAUUCAUUGUAUUUUGGUGUAAUGUCAGCAAGAGUUGGUGCGAGUAUUGGUUCACUCGUUUCUUCAUUGGUCAAUUCAUCAUCGAUAACAUCUUCAUCUUCAGAUUCUGAGAGGGCCAAUUUUGAAAUGAUGGGAAUUGCAUUUUCAUUAAUGACACUUGCUCUUAUUAUCAUUUUCUUUACUGUUGGCACAUUGACAAUGGAACUGUAUCAACGUUUACAAUUGAAGAGAGCAAGAAAUAUGAUAUUGAAUGGAAUUGAAGGUCAUGAAAAUUAUGGAACCAUUUCAUCACUUAUUUUAAUUGAAAAGAAUGCAAUGAAUUUAUAUUACAUGUUUGAAGAUUUCAACAAGUUAUCAUUAUUGAAAUUAUUCAUCAAAUCAUGUUUAUCCAAUUCUACACUAAACAAAUCAUCCAAUAAUACUAACAAUAAUAGCACUACUGAAAAUAAUCAAAUAUUGAAAGAUUGUGAAUUGGCCAUGUCUUUCAUAAGAGGUGCAGCUCAUCAAAAAUCAUUCAAUAAUGUUGAUCUAUUAAUCUAUUCUGCACUCUUGAUUCAAACACAAUGGUUAGAUUCAAAUAAUUGUGUCUUUUCAAUGAGUUUAUUGAAAAGAGCCUCAUCACAACAUCCAAACAUUUUCCAACAAUUUAAAAUCAGAGAGAAAAUGAAACAAAUUGAAUCAUUCAAUUUAAAAUCCAAAUCAACAAGCAAUUCAUUUGAAUUAACCUCUCAAUUAGAUAUUCUAGAAAAGAAUCAAAAUAACUUGUUGGUUCUUCACAGAAACUUUUGGAAAGAAAUGGCCUCUGAAAGAAUUAAUUAUUCAUCUGUUGAAAAGAUUAAUCGUUCCAUUUAUGCUUUGACCACUCAAUGUAGAAAUACGUUGCAAAAUUUAAUUUUCAACAAUAAGAAUAACAAGACACUUCUCAGAUUAUAUGGAAACUUUUUGGAAAAUUUUGAAUUCAAUUCAGAAUUAGCACAAUACUAUUACAAUGAAGCGUCCUCCAUUGAAGAAGAGGAAAUUAAAAAGAGAAGGAAAGCUUCAUUUGCAAAUAAUACAGUCAAUAAGAGAGGAAAUAGAAUUAUGCCACUUGUGUCAGAGGUAAAAAAUACUUAUGAAAUGUACUUGGCUCAAGAGGAACCAAAUGAAGAUGAUAUGGCAAGUGCAUUUGAAAAUCCAAAGAUUAAAAAGGAGCAAAUUUUCAAGAAUGCCAUUUCAUCACAAAGAUCAAAUACUCUCACACUAUCUAUCACUUGCAUUUACGCCCUGGUUGUUGUUGCUCUGUUUGUUGCAUCACUGGCUCUCAGUGCCUAUUAUUCAAAUAUGGUAAAAUCAGGAGUUCCUUACCUCCAACAAGUUUGUCAACCAAGUAUUUCUCCUUACUCUGUACUUAGAAACAUUAGGGCAACACAGAACUUCAUUAAUACCUUCAUGUUUUUUGAAUAUCCAUGGCCAAAUACCUAUCAAGGAUAUGAGACUCUUUCCAAAACUGAAUAUAUCAAGAAUUCCUACAAACGAUUGCAAGACAAUAUUGAUAUUUACAAGAAUCUUAUCAAAUUGAGUCAAAGUAAUUCUUUCGAUGUAGAUGUAUAUUCAGAUUAUUCUGCUAACAUUUACACUUGUAACUUUCCAAAUGAAAAUUCAAAAGAUUUGAAUUUGUAUGAUUUAGGAAGUGCAAGUCAAAAGAAUAUAUCCAUUCUUGAAUUUACAAACCACAUGAUCAAGUAUACCCAAAAUAUGAUUGACACCUUUCCAAUUAACUUGUUGACAAAUAUUUCAAGCCAUAACUAUGAUCCGUCCUAUCAAACUCUAUUGCUAAAUAUUGCAGCAACUGAUUUGUACUUUCACCCAUUGAAGAAUUACAAUUUCAUGUUCCUGUUUGCGAAUAGAGAAACUGCUUCACUGGCUUUUGAUACUUUUUGCGCCCGUUAUCUUGAUAGAUCAACAGAUGCAGUAGAUCUAACAACUCAAAAUUUGGUGUAUUAUUCAGGUGCAGUUCUAGUUGCAUUCUUUUUGAUCAGUAUUGCUUAUUUGAGUUAUAUGAUAUUUGAAAUGAGUCAUAUGACAAAAAUUGUGAAAAUAUAUGAAAAACAUUUGAGCAAAGAUGUGAUUGGAAAAAUAUUUCACUCUCUCAACAACAAAACAACUGAUACUGCCAAUAAUGCUGACAAUACUUUCUCACUUGCCAAAAUGAAAUCAAACAUUUCAACAAUUAUUUUGAUUUCGCUGAUUACCUUAUUUACAUGUGCAAGUAUUGCCAUGUUCUAUUAUGAAAGCGACUUCAAUGCCCAAACUGCUGGUAGAGUGAUGAACAAUGUAAGAUUAAGUAUUCAAGCUGCAACAUCUGUACAGAGAAUCGCAUUUAACACAGGUGAAGUAAUGACCUACUUUGUUGCAAGUGAAAUUUCAAACAAUAUUUCUCCAUUGGCAGUUAAUUUCAAAAGAAAUGUUACAUAUGGUGAUCCAAGAUUAUUCAAUACUGUUACAAAUUUCAAUGUACUCUUUGACAGAGCAACAAAUAGAUUACCAACUCUUAGUAGUAUGUGGUCAAGAUUAAUUUAUGGGGAUGCCUCUGUUGGUACCAGACCAAUUUUAGGAAUGUAUCCAGGUGUUGACUCACUUAUUAAUCAUGGCGUUUCAUCUAAUUGCUCUGACUAUUUGCAAGAAAAUAAUAUGACUCUUACAAUAGAAACAAAUAUGAUGUACUGCAUCGGUUUGGAAACACUUUUGAAUGAUUACAUGACCCUGGUUCCUCAAUUAUUGACUGACUCCAGAAAGCAAAAUUCUCUUCAAAAGGCAGCAACUCCAAAAGGUAUUCUUCUUCCAAUAGCUGAUUUAGGGAUACGGCAUAACCUUGCUAUGAGAAUGGCACUAGCAUUGAGUAACAAGUUCACAAUUUUCAUCAAGGCAUUCAUUUCCUCCUCUACAGCUCCCUCUUAUGAUGUAGUAAUAAGCUUUGCAGGUGUGGAAAUUGUUGGGUGUAUGGUUUUCUUCUUUCUGAUGUAUAUCAUCUACUCCAAUUAUUGUGGUCAAUUACAUUCACUUCGAUUAAUGUCACAAUAUAUUCCAGUUGAAGUUUUAGAGAGGAAUGAAACAUUGAGAAACUUUAUCCUCUAUAACAAUACCAAUUCAUUGAGUACAAGAAUGAAAAAGAAGGACAAAUCAUCAUCAUCUUCCGCUUCAUCCAUUUCUGAUUUGAAGAAUGUUUUCAAUUCAAGUGUUGAAGGAAGUAUUAUUUGUAAUGAGAAUCAUGAAAUUGAAUUUUUGAAUUAUUCUGCAUUGAAAAUGUUUGGAAUGAAACCAAUUGAUGUUUUGGGAACUUCAAUUUCACAAUUGGUUGAAUCAACACACCAAGAUGAACUCAACAAGUGUAUCAAGUAUAUUUUCAAAAAGAGUGGAAAAGAUUCUGAUAAGAAGGAUGAAGAUCAAGAUGAUGAAGAUGUUCAAUUGAAACAAUCCAGCAAGGAGAGUGAAGAAGGAAAUGGAAAAUGUGAAAUUGUUGAAUUAGAUUGUAUCAGAAGAAAUCAAACCAAAUUCCCUUGCAAAAUAACACUCUUCACUGUCAAAAUUCAAGGUGAAAGAGGUUCAAUGAGAAAUAUUCUGAUUGUCACAAUGAAAGAUUUAACUUCUGAAAAGAAACAAAAUGCCUUAUUGAGUGAAGAGAAACAAAAAUCGGAUAAUCUCUUGAAGAAUAUCUUACCAACAAGUGUUGCUUCAAGAUUGAAAAGUGGACAUACAUUCAUUGCUGAAAAAUUGGAUGAUAUCACUUGUUUCUUUUCAGAUAUGGUUGGAUUUACAGCCAUAAGUAGUAAUAUGCAAGCCACUGAUUUAGUAAUGAUGUUGAACUCAAUUGUGAAUGGAUUUGACAUGUUGACUGAAAAAUAUGAUUUGGAAAAGAUCAAAACAAUUGGAGAUGCCUAUUUUGCAGUGGGUGGAUUACCUGGAGCUGCAACAAGUGAUCAUCCUGAAAGAGUUUUAAAAUUUGCAAUUGAAACAUUUGGAGUGAUAAAUGAUUUCAAUUCAAAUCGACUCAAAUCUGUUGAUAAUAAUGAACAAGAGGAGGUUGUUAAGGAAACAGAUAAUGAAUUAAAGGUGAAAUCAUCCUCUCCACCACCUCAACAAAUCAAUAUUCGAGUUGGAAUUAAUACAGGAUCAGUUGUUGCUGGAGUGAUUGGAAUGAAAAAGUUUGCCUACGAUUUAUGGGGUGAUACCAUCAAUAUUGCUUCUCGAAUGGAAUCCACUUCAAAGAAUGGACGAAUUCAAAUCUCCAGAUCAACUUAUGAAAGAGUUUUCGAUUUGGGAUAUGAUUUUGAAGAGAGAGAAGUUGAUGUGAAAGGAAAGGGAAUUGUCAAGACCUAUUUGCUCAAUGACAAACAUCACAGACACUUGAAAAACAAUCCACUCCUCUACUCAAACAAUAGAAGUGUUUCCAACCUCUUUGCCAAUACCCAAUAA